AUGAACGCCGCGUGGGAGUGUCGCGAUCAGUCAGAUCAAUCUGAGGAGUACUUCAAUCAACCGCUUCGACUUGAGAACCAGCGCCUCCAAGAUGAGAAUCUGGCCUUGAAGCGACUGCUACGUGAGAAUGGCCUCCGCUGGCCUGCUGGUCCCUACAGCCAACUCCAGGAUCCUCCCAGUCAGGCUUCUUCUGACCUGCCGUACUUACCGGUUGAGGUCAUGCUUAAGAUCCUCUCGUACGCCCUCACCAGUCGCCACCCUGUCAUGGAUCCACUCUGCAGUUCCAAGAAGGAGAAUCUCACCACCGAGGAGCAGAACCGUAGUAAUCAGAUCGCCAUCCAUUUCCUGGCCACCUGCAAGACCUACUAUGUCGAAGGCAAGAAGCUGAUGUGGGCCAACAACACCUUCGUCUUCACGUCUGUUCAGGCCAUGAAGGCCUUUGCCAACGUUGAUUUGGUGUAUCGACAGAUGGUGAAGCAAGUCAGCUUCCGCAUCAUCGCGCAGUUUUAUGAUGAUGAGGAGGGUCGCAUCCAUCGACUCUCGUCGGAAUAUCACCCCUCCCAGUCGAGGCGUUUAAAGCUGCCGGUACAGAAGCGAGUCAAGGAGCCCACCCUCGCCCGUCGUGGCUUCCGAGCGUAUGCCUGGUACCAGCUUAUUGACUUCCUCGAAGCCCUGCUGCCGCCGUUCGAUCCGGCCAUUGAACACCACAAGCCUCGCCCGAGACUGCUCCCUAACCUCGAAAGGCUGCGUAUCGACCUCGUCAACUUCGGUGAGGGCUUGUUCAUGUCACCCCCGACGCAUCUUCAUGACGUGGCGGCUCACCAGCUGGGCUGUGCUCUGAACGAACUUGUCAUUGCUGGUCUCCCUAUUGAUGACACCGGCUUCCGUGCCCGUACCGAGCUCUGCGGCAUGCUCAGGGAUGAUGGCCUCCUAAUCGACCACGCGCCGACUUUGGUGGCCCAGAAGAAUGGCUUGCAACCUCUCGCCGGGCACCACAUACACUACAAAGUCGUCCGGGCCAUGCGUCCCAGUCGUGGCAUCACUCAUCACCAUCAUGAUGACCGUCCCAACUUCUUCGACGAAUUUCCGCCUGCCCCGAAAGACGAAGGUAUUCCUCCGUUUUCGGAAAAUGCUUCGUGCCGUACCAUAUGGAAGAAGGUACCGGAGUGCAUUGGACGGCUUGACAAUCGUAAUUGGGUUCUUUUCGAUCGUGUGAGUGGCUUGCCUUGGGAUGAUGUGGAGGAAGAGAUCACCAUGCUCGAUUUCAGCGGCGACAGCGAAGAUGAGGACAUGGCCAUGGUAUGCGAGAACUGUGGCGAGGUUCAUCCGGGCUCUAUCCCGCCGGAUGAGCUGCUGGAUGAGAUGUACGACGACGAUCCUUGA